GCUCGCAAACGACAUCUAGCGGCAGACAAGUAUACUAUUGAAAGUCAUUCUAUCUCACUUGCACUCGUGGAGUCAAUGCGACCGAACGGUUCAAUGACUUAGGCGACCGUUUCUAUUUUCUCUCUGGUUUUGUCGUCGGGUCGGCCCGCAAGGAAGGGGUCUUUGUUUGCGUUUCACGUUCGCGUCGCACGGUAUCAUCUGCGAACGCGGCUCCAUCGUAUCGUUGCCGAGACGGAAUGUGCCCGCAUAAGUGGAAGCGUGGGUCUCGCUCCUCCCGGUCGAUGUGAAAUGUCGUGCAGUGUGCCAGAGUGGCGCCGUCAUCUAGUGCAAGUGCAGUGAGGUGCAGUGGUGUGUGCGAGCGCGCGUGGGUCGACUCGGCCACGGCGAGCGAGGUGCGCGGAGGUGGCGGCGGCCGCGCGGCCAUGACCGGCGACAUGCCUCUAGGGAGCGCGCACGCGUUCGGGCGCGCGUUGCUCCGGGACGGGGCGCUGCCGCCGCUCGAGCCGGGCCCGCCCGCACCACCGGCCAACAACGCGCAGCCGCCCGACAAGCGGCCACCAGCAGCGGCCGCGAGCCCUGAGCAGGUCAUGAAGCUCUACAUGAGCAAGCUCACCCCCUAUGAACACCGUGAAAUAUUUGAUUACCCCCAAGUGUACUUUAUAGGCGCGAACGCCAAGAAACGUCCCGGAUUGGUCGGGUUUCCGAACAAUUGCGAUUACGACAACGAGCAAGGCUCAUACAUCCACAUACCGCACGAUCACAUAGCAUACAGAUACGAGGUGCUCAAGGUGAUCGGCAAGGGUAGCUUCGGUCAGGUGGUCAAAGCGUACGACCACAAGAAGCGCGAGAACGUCGCACUGAAGAUGGUGCGCAACGAGAAGCGGUUCCACCGCCAGGCGCAGGAGGAGAUCCGUAUCCUGGAGCACCUCCGCGAGCAGGACAAAGACAACACGAUGAACGUGAUCCAUAUGUUUGACUCGUUCACGUUCAGGAACCACACAUGUAUCACAUUUGAGUUAUUGUCGAUCAACUUGUACGAGCUGAUAAAGAAGAACAAGUUCCAAGGGUUCUCGUUGCAGCUCGUCCGCAAGUUCUCGCACAGCCUGCUACAGUGCCUGCACGCGCUCAACAAGAACCGGAUCAUACAUUGCGACAUGAAGCCGGAAAACGUGCUGCUCAAACAGCAGGGACGCUCUGGAAUCAAGGUGAUAGACUUCGGCAGCUCUUGUUAUGAGCACCAGCGGGUGUACACGUAUAUCCAGUCGAGGUUCUACAGGGCGCCCGAAGUGAUGAUGGGCGCCAGGUACGGCAUGCCCAUCGAUAUGUGGUCCCUAGGGUGCAUACUGGCGGAGCUACUUACAGGGUUCCCGUUACUCCCAGGCGAGGAUGAAGCGGAUCAGAUGGCGUGUAUCAUCGAGCUGCUGGGCAUGCCGCCACAGAAGCUCAUUGAACAGGGCAAACGUUCGAAGAACUUCAUCAGCAGCAAAGGUCUUCCCCGGUACUGUACGGCUACUACAUUAGCUGAUGGUACCACCGUUCUUAGCGGAGGAAUGUCAAGAAGAGGCAAGCCCAGAGGUCCUCCAGGGUCAAAAAGUUUUGUCACCGCUCUCAAGGGGUGCCAAGACAAAUUCUUUAUUGAUUUUAUAAGAAGGUGCCUGGAAUGGGACCCAGAGAAGCGGCUGACGCCGGCGCAGGCGCUGCGACACGCGUGGCUGCGCCGGCGCCUGCCGCGGCCGCCGCACGACGAGGAGGCUGCGCCCGCGCUGCUCCCGCUCCCCCACUCUCUGCCCGCCAACCACGUUAGUAUAGCGCACCACGCCAAGCGGCUCGCGCACCCUAAGUGCACUGACAAAUAGACGAGCGGCGGGUGCGUGGGUGGCGCGGGGGCGGGCGCGGGCGGGUCGGGGGGCGCGCGCGGUGGUUCACUGCGCACGCCUCUCGCGCGCACGCCCGUCACCUUCAACGCCUCGCAAGUCGCCAAAGCGAAACUGCAGGCGGCCCUGUCGGAGGAAAGCGGUGGUGGCAGCACGACCAGCGGCGUGAGCGGCGUGAGCGCGGUGAGCGCAGUGAGCGGCGUGAGCGGCGUGAGUGGCGUGAGCGGCGGCGGCGCGCACGGCAUGGCGCGCUACUGGGGCGCCAAGCUGCCGCACCUGGGCGCGGCGUCCUAGCGGCCGGCGUCGGCGCGGCGCCUGCGCCCCGGCCGCCUGGAGCCCGAGCGCCGCUCGCUGGACCUGGAGCGCGAGCUGCGCCCCGACCGCGACUCCGACGUGUCGCUGGACGACCGCGACCACCUCGUCUGACCCCGCCGGGCCCUAUUGAUCUCACUAACUAAGUUAUACGAGCGUGUAGUGGAUUGUGCGAGUGCCGACUCUGCGGUGUUCUAUGUGUUGUCGACGUGGACGUUCGGGUGUGUCGGUGUUAGUGCCUGUGAGUCUCGUUUAGCGUUAGGGAACCCUCGACCACCGUUCGGGGAACGAUCCCCGAUCGUUUCGCCGAGAACGACUCGUUAGCCGUCGAGGGCGAACGUUCCCGGUCGGGCCGGGCCGACGUUGUAUCUUGCGCCGCAAGAUGCUCUGGAACGCGCCCCGCCCGCGUGCGAGACGCUCGCACAACAAUUCCCCCUCGAAGCUGUAGAUUAAGCGAACUUGUGUGACUAAAAUAAUUUAACAUUUUUCUACAGAAUCAAAUGUCAUUCGUUCAUUUUAAUUUUAAACAAAUCGAUUUAAGUUACAUUUUGUGUAAUUAGUUAAUUUUUCUCAAGUGAUAUAAUGAAGCUGUAUUCGUAACGAAAUGGUGACCUUAUAAUCGGAAUUCUUAAAGGAUAUAAGGGUAGUUAGUUACAAGGCCUUUGAAACUAGGUUAAGGAGCUAAGCUACGCUAUUUAUUUGUCGACUAGCGUAGUAGAUGUCAUUGUUGUGAAUCAUCGAUAUCAUUUACGUUAUGAUUUGAAGCGCUUAUGUAAUCGUACGGUAGCCACAUGUAACGUUGUCCCGGGCCACGCGUGGGGUGCGCUGGACCCGUAACGCAUGUUAAGUACAUUUUUCAACAUAUUAUUUUACUACUCGUUUACAGAUGUUUGUCGUAUAGUUUUGUCGUCGGUAGUCUGUCAAACAUAUCAGGACGAGCAUUUCUUCUGCCAGUAUGGUACAAUGAUCGAGGUAACUAGUCGGCCACCGAACCUAGUCCAAACUAUGUAAAGUUAGGUUGUACGUUAGCUUGUAAGAAUUGAUUCAAUGUAAGUGUGGAGCGAUUCUUGCGUAGUGACGACUGCUUACCUCGACCAAGCCGAACAAACUAUUUUACUUAUGUACCGUUUGCACUGCUCCAGUGGUUUAGUCGAGUGGGCUAGUAGCUACACGUAUUGUGAACAAAUGAAUUUUAGUUUAGUCAAUUGUUUUUAUUGCAGUCGUUGCUAACUUGCUACUUGGCUUAAUCACUAGAUCACAGCAAACGGAGAUCUCACGAAGAUAGACCAUCUUUUGUAAAGCAUUUUGUUCACCCAUUGAAGUUUAAUUCAACCGGGUCAGCAAACUAGGGUCUGUCUUGUGUGAUCUAACUAAUCAAUAAUUAUUUGAUACAAAAAUAACCUUUAUCACCUUGUAAUUAAGUGCAAUAUGUUUGACAUAAAAGUUUAAUUUCGUCUUCCUCAUAUUAUAUUAUAUUUGUAACGUUUUACAAAUGGCCUAUAAUGUUUAUUCAAUUAACAUGCAUUUUUUAUUAUUUUUUUCGAUUUAGUUUGUAGAUUUUCUUGGAUAUUUGUAUGUAGACACUUGUAAUGGCUUACAAAUGAAAUGUAUUAUUUCAAUUUUGUGGGAUUGUAGUCCGAGCAAGCACUUAUGCAACUUUAUUUAUGUAUAUUAUAUAACUAUCGUGUAUUGUCUACUUCUUGUGUAUGUUUUUAUUGUUUUCUAUUUACCUAUAAUAUAAUAAUUAAGAUGGUCACUACUUGGAUCAUUUACUUUCUCCUAAUAUUGUAUAAUGUCUUGUACAAAAGUUUUGGAAAUAUUUUAGAUAUUUGAUACCCUAUUUAAUGCAGGACCAAUACCUGUGCAUUUUAUAUAUGUAUAUGUAUAGAUAUCGACCAAUUGAACAAAAGGGUUCUAUAUUUACGCGACGGGACCCUAAAUGUUAAAGUUCCGUACGUGCUUGCUUCCCCGAUUGUAUUUUAUCAUUUGACUAUCUCACUAUACUCAAUGUAGCAUUUUUAUUUCGAUAAAUUGUGUUUAAUUUGACUGCCGUUUUCUUAUAAUUAUGCUCAAUGAUAGUUUAAUGUCCUAGUACUCUGGAUUGUCUAAUAUAGGCAUUAACGAUUGUGCGAUGACCUUAGUUUAUUAUUUGUGACGUGGAGAUGCAUUGACUGGAGAGUAACUGACUGACGUCCGUCAGUCACUCGCGGGUCAUGUGUCGACGCGCUUCCUAUAGCGUCUUAAGGUAUUUAGUCAAUUAUUGUAUAGCUUUUUUUUAACUUUUGGGAACUCGAGGGCUGAUACACGUCAAGCAGCCCAGUAUUCACCUAACGACCUUGGAAGUCGUAUCCCUUCGGCUCGGCUUGGCAUCGAUCAGUAUUAAUCAUUUUGUUCACCUCGACCACGACUCACAAUAAACUGCCAAGUACAUAUAGUUAAAUUAAGUAUCGUUUGCUAUACAAAACUAUAGCAACAACUAGUUACUACAAACAUUAUUAGCUUUCGUUGGAACGCAUUUCUCUUAUACCUAGUUAUUUUUUGUGAAAUAUUUUUGUUCUCAUUUUAUAUGUAAAAGCUGGUGUUUCACCUUUGAAACUCGUAACUACAAUGUGAAUAUAAAAUAAAUGAGUUAUACAAAUAUA